AACCCCCGACAUGAUCGCUGCUAUGGACCUCCUAAUGAAAAGCAGGAAAGAGUGUCAAGUCCACAAAGAAAAUGUGUACAUGUUUGCACGGCCAGGUGUCCUUUCCCAUUACAGAGGCUCUGACUGCUUUCGUAAGUAUGCAAAGCAAUGUGGUGCAAAGAACCCAGAGGCACUCACCUCAACAAGAUUGCGGAAACAAGUGGCCACUUUGUCCACACUACUAAAUCUGAAAGAAAAUGAAAUGGAUCAACUUGCCACCUUUCUAGGACACGAAAUCCGUGUCCAUAGAGAAUUCUAUCGGCUUCCAGAGAGUACCCUUCAGCUCGCAAAAGUCAGCAAACUCCUGAUAUCACUCGAAAAAGGAAGACUGCCUUACCUGCAGGGGAAAGGGCUGGAUGACAUUGAGGUCAAUCCUGAAGGUAACAUUUUAUUUGAAAUAUAGUUUUUAACCACUUCAAAUAUAACUAUUAUAAGUGUUCUUAGUCCUUAAUUUAAAUGAUUUGCCUGAACGUUUUUUUACCCAACCAGAUGAAGUAGAAAUGAGUGAUGAUUCCAGCGAAGAAAACAUUGCUGACCUACAUCAAUGCAAAGGCUCAAUAACUGAGACUGCUAGGGACCAGACACUUCUGAGGCACACUCCUGAGUCAACCAGCCUGGACAACAUUGAGGGCACUUCCGAGUCAACCAGCCUGCACAACAUGGAGGGCACUUCCGAGUCAACCAGCCUGGACAACAUGGAGGGCACUUCCGAGUCAACCAGCCUGGACAACAUGGAGGGCACUUCCGAGUCAACCACCCUGGACAACAUGGAGGGCACUUCCGAGUCAACCACCCUGGACAAUAUUGAGGGCACUUCCGAGUCAACCAGCCUGGACAACAUGGAGGGCACUCCUGAAUCAACCACCCUGGACAACAUGGAGGGCACUCCUGAAUCAACCACCUUGGAUGACGUAAACAUGAGUCACAAAAUAGUCACAUUCCAAGCUUCUUCAAAGGGCUCCAAAAGAAAGCAAGCUGUGAAGGUGAGAAGCAAGUGGACAGGUGAGGAAGUGAAGGCUGUUGAGCGGCAUUUGCUUAACUUCAUUACAAGCUGCAGAAUACCUGGCAAAAAGGACUGUGACUCCUGCCUCCAGGCAGAGCCAGUAGCUCUGAAAGACCGAGACUGGGUUGCCAUCAAGUACUACGUACACAACAGAAACGUAGCAUUAAAAAGGAAGAUGACUAGGUAGAUCCAUUCCAAUUGAUCUUGUUUUUUGCUUGUAUUUUUUUUGCUGGCACUCAAUAAAAGUAAGA